AGUACAAAAUCAUCGCUCGAACUCAUCGGUGACAAGACGAACUGUUGAUUAGAAGUUCUAAAAUGAACACGGUCUUGAUACUGCUAGUUCUGGCCGAAACUUUCAAUGGCAUAACAUCCUGGGUCCUGGAAACUGAUCCGGAAUCAGAUUAUUCUAACGUUAAAAACUUUCAAUGGACAACGGAUUCUUCUGCGCUCCAAAAGUUUUCUCAUUUAGAACAGUUGCAUUUUAUAAACGCCACGAUCGAUACUGUUACUCAAAAUUUCAAAAAUCAGUUGAAGAAUUGUGUUUGGUUAAAAUUUACCGGUGGAAAGGUUAAAACAGUCUACAUGAACAGUAAAUUAUCGAUGCUUAAUCUUCAAGACACAUCUACCGAAAAAGUAAUUAUUGAACCAGGACAGGAGUACAUUCUAGGAACAUUAGUAAUUAGUAGAUCCAGACUGACAAGAAUCCCACAUAAUAUUAACCAGUUGAAACAAAUGAAUCGCUUGGAUAUAAUGGACAGCUGGAUAGAAACCGUUUUAUUGAAUGACUUAGAUGGUUUAGAUAACUUGUAUGAAAUAAAUUUGUCCGGUAAUAGAAUAAGACGUAUUGACAGUAACGGUUUAAUCAGUUUUCCAAAACUGUUUCGUCUCAAACUUCAAAAUAAUCAGUUGCAACAGCUUGAUACAUGCAGAUGGAGCAUGCCAGAGCUUUUCGAGUUUCUUUUGAAUAACAACCGUCUAACGCACUUUGCAAUCGGUCACUUUAGCUCACUAAACCAUUUAACCUUAGCGUCAAAUCCCCUCAAUUGUGCAUGGCUAAAGAGUUUGGUUUCGUAUCGAUCAUUUUUCUAUCACGACAUCUAUACAUGUGAUGAAAGUAGUCAGGGCGACUUCGGCUUGCACUGCCCGUCAAACCUCGGGGAAUCAAAUGAUAAAAAUGCGAACAGAGAUGCUGAUUUGACCGGCAGGUUCCAGAAAAUUGAUACGGCGCUACAAAAACUCGAAGCGAAGCUGUCCGAACAACGCAACAUGGUAAACGAUAUCAUAGAAUCAAUCUAUAGAACGGACGUGGAAAGGGCAUUCGAAUCCAGAAGGAUAAUAUUUCCAUCUUAACAGCAAUUAGUAAUAUUACUAGAAUCUGUUGGUACAUUGAAAUAUCGAAAUUUCCUCAAGUUAUAAAUGCUAUAUAUUUUAAUGCCUAUUUAUUUUAAUGGAAUAAAAAUUAAAAAUGAGUUGCCAAUUAAAAUGAAAACUAUGAGAAAUGUACUAGAAUACAAGAGAAAUUGUUUGAGUUGGAUUAAACACCUAUUUUGAAAUAAAGAAGAAUUUUCUGUAUGUGUUCGA